UUCACAUUAAAACUGCAUUAAUUUCAACAAUUUACAAUCAACUGUAACUCACAAAUUAAAAAUAGAAUACAGGUGUGAAUGAAGGUGCAGGUGAACUUCACUGUCACAAGACAAGUUUGCAUCAUAAAGAGGUGGAUAAAUCUUAUUUAGUAACAAGUAUAAAUUAUAGUAGAGAUGUAAAAUAAUCCUUCAUAGCUCAGUGAGGACAGAGCAUCAGUCUGACAGGUUGACUGGAAGCUGUGGCAGCCGUCCAUAAGUGAUGGAGGGAAGGUGCAAAUGGUCCAGGAGCCGUUAUUCAUCAUGAGUCUUCGUGUGUGACACAGUUUACAUCACGUGUCAUACAUCAGUGAGUGACGUCACAGGCAGUUUGCCAUUUGUCACAGACGGAAAAAACGUUUUUCCACAUAAUAAUUUUUUUUCCACUGUUUUUUUAUUUUAACUAAUUUUUAAAUAUUUUUUUUCACAAAAAGAAAAACAGGUUGGCAGAUUUUUUUCUAAGUGUCUUUCAUCUGGAAAAUAUCACCUGCCCCUCGGGGUGUUAAUACAGAUGAAAAAAAGAAACUUAGAAAAAUGAUCCUGGCAAAAUCAAAGUCCUUGUUGUGUAAGUAGCUUUUUUUUUGGUAUAAAAAGUUAGGAGCACCAAUUUACAAGGAGCACCUGAACGCAGCUCUGGAUCAGUCAGGGCCUGCGACAUCUAGCGGUCUGAAGCGGGAACAACAAGCAGCUGCCAGGCGGGUAUUUCCAGCGUCGGUGGUGCAGAACCAGCAGCAGCAGCAGCAGCAGCAGCAGCAGAUCUUCAGAUCCUGGUCUGUCUGUCACGGACAGCCGGUCAGUGAACCCGCACACAGGACACGACAGGCGGCCAUGAGCACGACGAUCUCCUGAGGAGGAACCUCCAUCCACAUCCAGAGCGCCCAGUGAGAUCUGUCCAUCCGGAGCCGAGGAGGAGGAGGAGGGGAGCGGGGGACGCCGAGCACUGCAGCAGACAUGCCGGGCCUGCUCCACAUCACACUGAUCGCUCUUCUGGCCAGCUGUGAUGCCUUCAGACUGGGUUCGUCCCAGCGUGUCAUACCCCUCAGUCCCCCUGCGGCCCGUCUGUUCCAGGAUGAAAACCCAGCCCUGCCUCAGUUCAUCCAGGAAUUAGUCAGAACCAAACGCCACUCGGUCCACGAGUUAGUGCGAGCCCAGCCUCAUUUGGUUCACGACAUGGGCUGGCCCGAGAUUCAUGAAAUAUCCCGUUCCCAGGCCCAGACGGACUCAGCAAACGCCUCACAGUUAAACCCAUCGUCCUCUGCAGGUCAGGACGUAGCCAGGACCGCACCCGCCGUGGAUGAAAACCUGGAUGUGGAAGACGAGAUGGAGCGUAUGGUUCAUCUGGUGGCGCCGCAGGAUGCAGAAAGAUACAGGGGACAGCCGGACGCCGCCGACCCAGAGACGGAGCUCUUAAGUGGGCCAGGAGCUGGCGACGCCUCCCAGGAGGCCUCUGGCUUCUACGGAACGGACAUGGAGGACAGAGACAGAGGAGAGGAGGGAGGAGAGGACCGAGAGAGGAAAGGGGGAGAGGAGGAGUGGGAGAGAGAGGAGGACAGAGAGAGGAGAGGGGGAGACGCCAGAGGAGAGGAGGAGGAGGAGGAGAGGACGGAAGGGAUGGACGAUCAAGAUGCUUUAGAGGCCAACCGCACAACGCCGGAUCUGGACGCUCUGAUUGGCUACAGUCCAUCUCUCCACCCCUCCAGCUCCAAGCAGCCCAGCAGCAUCUCCUCCCCAGCUGAGGUGCAUGAUUCUGGGCCACAGGAGCACCGUGCGUCCCCGGUCCUGGAGGUGGGUCCUAUAGAACGAGAGCUGUGGGAGGCAGAGGGGGAGGAAGACGUUCAGUCCAGUGGUUAUGGAGUCCUUCACUCCUCCAUCACUACGACUAGUACGACAUCUACUGCGGCUGCUGCUUCUUCUUCUACUGCUGCUGCUGACGCUUCGGGAACCGCCACCCCUGAGACCGACACUGGCACAGACUUUGGGCUGCUGGAAAGUUACACAACAGAUGAGAAUGAGGAUGAAGACAGAAGGAGGGAGGAGGAAGAGGAAGAGGACGAAACAGGUCUGACACACACAGGUGUAUUCAACCAGAAUCCCACUGUACCUGAGGUCGGCGUGGCUCCCAGCAGAGAGCCUCUGCAGCCCAGCGUGGAGGAGGACGAGCAGCUGGAACAGCGAGAACACGAGUUCAAAGGAGACGGAGGCGCGGAGGUGAAGGAGGAGACGUUGAAGAAGACGACGAGACUCGGACACAUCGUCCCGCUCACCACGGGCCCCUCCCCGACCAUCAGCUUCACCGACCCGUCCUGGGAUUGGCUGGAAAAGACCACGCCCCUGCAGGCCAAGAGGUCAGAGGUCAGCGGCGCCGGGGUCACAGCGGUCUUCUUACCGGUCAGUCAUGUCGAUGAACUGGAGAAGGUAUAUCAGGUGGUGUGUGUGGACUGGAGUGAGCUGGCUGGACGGGGGUACGUCAUCCUCAACAUGACGCAGAACUUGAACUGUGAGGAGUUCCGUGUAGACCAGGGCGUGCGGUUGUUGAGGAUCAUGGAGCAAGUAUUUGCUCGAAGGAUGAAUAGCCCCGAGGGAUCAUGGGUACUCUACCUCAGCAAGCCGACACACCAGCAACACCAGCUGCUGAUGAACGUGGCCUCUGAACAGGGAGUGAUCGCUACCAAGGACGUGCUGGACAUGUUGGGACAGAUCAGGAAGAGUCUGAAUAAGGUCGGCAUCCAGAACUACAGUGCAGCCGGUAGUUGUCCGUCUCGGCCCAGUCAAACACGCAGCGACUACGGCAAGCUGUUUGUGGUUCUGGUGAUCAUCGGCUCCGUCUGCAUGGUCAUCAUCACAUCUGGAUUUAUAUACAUCUGCUGGCAGAGACGGCUGCCUGCAACUAAGACUACGUUUCGUGCCGAGGAGCUUCACUUUGUGGAGAACGGUUGCCAUGACAACCCCAUGCUGGACGUGACCAACGACGGCCAGCCCGAGAUGCAGGAGAAGAAGCCGAGCGCCAACGGGCUCGCGGGGGGAGGAGACGGAGGCAGGGAGGAUGGCAGUCGCUGGCAGGUGUUUGUCAAUCAAGCAGCGACUGAGGAGGAGGAAGAGGAGCAGGACACACAUCUCUGAUGGACAAAGAGGAAGAGGAGACAGGUCAUGAAGGAUGGCCAUCUUUGAUGAUAAGUGGAGCCUAGAGAGGAGAAGAAGAAGCAGGAAGUCUUCAAUGGAGAGAGGGUAACAGAGAAGAGGAGAAAGAGUUGGUGGGAAGGGGAAGGUAUAAAACCCGAGUCCAGUCAGAGUCGAGCUAGGAUUGAGGAGCACAGCAGGAGGAGUCACUGGUAUCAUCUUAGACACUGAGGUAAACAUCACAGACUUGGAAUUCAUGGAAAGACAAUAAACUUGCCGAUCUCCAAGACGUCGACCUCUGGACUUCAGAUAAUGUCAGAUCCCUGUUAGUGUGCCUUAUGCUUUUAGCUUUUAGCUGUGUGGCUGCACGAGACAAUUUAAACAUGAAACUAACAUAAAGCGUCUUCAAUCCACCUUAAAUGCUUGAAUGUAAAAGCGGUGAAGUUCGGUUGUUAUAUUGUGUCACAGCCGGUCCUGACGAGAGCGGGAACCUAAAAUAAUUUCAAACAUUGAAGCACAAUUACAGCCGCGGAGACGGUCAGUGGUUUUACACCAGUGUCUAACAUCAGCGACUCCUCUUAGCUCCUCCUCCGAAUCACUGAACAGGAAGUACGGCCUGUAGCAACUUUGAAAGUAAGGUUUUGGCACUUUAUUGAUUCCUCUUGGAAAUAGUGACUAUCAUCGUUAAAAUGCUGCAUCAUGUUAAAUGUAUUACAUAAAGUGAUUGAAAUAUCUCUAUUUUGCUUAUAGGAAUGGUUGUAACCGCUGAGGAUGUUUACCGUACACUCUACAACAAAGUCAUGUGAUUGAUAUACUUAUGUGCUGUUUAGCCUAAUAUGCUUUUUUUUUCCAGUAGCGUUUGAAUGGCUGCUCUAUGCUCCUGGCUAAAAUCUUGAGGCGAUGACACGUGGGCGACAUUUAGAGGCCUGAAGCAUGAAAACAAAGCUAGUCACAGUAUCCAGUUAAAGAUACUGAACCCCGAGUCCAAGUCGAGCCCCGAGUCUUCAGUGUUUUAGUGUUAAAUGUCAAAGUCAGAGUCAGAGGACGUGACCGAGUCACCGGGGAUUUAUCUGAAUCACUACGGUCAUGUCCGAGUCACGUCUGUGAUUUGAGUCUUUUUUUGUCAUUAAAGUCACGUCUCAGUCCCGCCAGACCACCACAGCCAUGUUCGAGUCACUACGGUCAUGUUUUAUGUCACGGACUGAGUCAGUAAAGUCAUGUUCGGGUCCCUCGUAUCACCCACAAGUCACUGCGAUCAUGACUGAAUCAUUACAAUCAUGUCUGAAUGCCUUUGGUCAUGUCUGAGUCACUACGGUCACAUCCGAGUUACCAUGGUCACGUUUGAGUUGCUACAUAAUAAUGCGAUGAUGUUUGAGUCACGGUUGUCAUGCCCAGGUCACAUGCUCAUGCCAGAGUCAUUAAAGACGUGUACAAGUAACUACAGCUGCUUUUCUUCUGGUGACAUCAGGCUUUUGUCAGCAAUGGAAAAGGGAACAAUCAGCAUUCACACCUGAGUCAAAUCACUUGUGAUGUAAAUCCAACAUCUGGGUGGACACGAUCACAUCCUUCUGUAACGUCUUUCGAAGCACUGACACUGUAAACACACCUGUCACCUGUCCAGCACGGUAACACCAGAAACACUGCAGCUACACCUUCCUCAGAGCGCGAGCUGCAGCCCCAAAAUAAGUUUUAAAAACACCCUAUGACACAUUGAAGCGUCUCACACGGAGGCUCCGACACUUUUACAGUGGAAAAAGGGUCAAUCUGCUUUUAUUAGCAGGUUUAACUGCGUUUAGAAAACCUGCGUGUACCCGCUAAUAUUGAUGGAAAAAGGGAAUAUGAUUCUGACCAUGUCUGAGUCAUCGCAGUCGUGCUGGUUAAUACAGUCAUGUCCAAAUUAUAAAUAUAUAAAUAUAAGGAGUUACAUGCUAACUAGCACCAUAGCAUACUAAACAGCUACGUCAGAGCGCCCACAGACUUCAACAGCUUCCUUGAACGUUCGGCCAGAGCGUUUUUUGGGGUUUUUUUUUUGCUCUCGCCACUUUCGGUCUGAACACAGUCAUAAUCUGACUGAUUGAUUAACAAACAGUGAAGUCCAAACUGAGUUGCACAUAAUUUAAAGUUAUAAAUUAGGUAAGUUACUUAUACUGGGCGCCAAUUAUGAAACACUGACUAGUGACCAAACUCAUAACACAGGUGGUGACAUCCCACAUCAGAUGGACAUAAUUAUUUCAGAUAAAUGUGUCUGAUUCUCAGUAAGAGGCGUUCGCUGACUCAAGUCACUGCUCAGUUAAUUGGAACGGAGAUAGACAAUUUGCAGCAGCUAUUUUUUUAUUGUUUUUUUAAUUUAUAUUCGGUUUUUAACAUUGAUUUUGUCGCUGCAGCUGUCAGUCUCUGUUCCUCUUACUGACAGUAUUGCCCAUCCGCAUUUCAUCGAGAUGUUGCCUGUGUUUCGGCUCUUUUACUCUGACUUUUCUCUAUGUAACAAAACUGUAUAUGGCUUCACUAUAAACUACGCUGAUUGAUAUGCACUUUGCCAGCUAAGCAAGAUUUAUGAAGCGGUCAGGACAGAGCUGGGACUCCUGAGUACCUUAAAUGUAGAUUAACUGUUUCAGAGAGCACAAGACAAAAGGCAGGACACAGUCCCCUCGUCCUCCACUGGAAGACAGAAUAGAUGAGCAUGUAGCUUUCAGCACUGCAGCGAGCAUCAAUAUAACAAAACAUACAGCCUCUGUUUCUUUUAUUUGCUGAAGGAGAGAAUUUGAAAGACAAAUUUUGUUGGUAGAAAUCAACUGAACUGGACCCUGAACAGAUUGUGAUCCUUUAAAUUAGUCAGCACAGAUGUUAUUUCUUUUCAGAAUCUGAUCUCAGCCUCAUGUAUGUUUGCAUUUGUUAGCGGUGCUAGUGUAAGUCAAUGGGCAUUCAGUUGUAGCAAAAAAACAAAAGACCCUUUGUUAUAAAGAAAAGUUUCCUGGUAGGGUUUGUAACCAGGUUUUUGUCCAACAUUUUGUUGAGUUUUUAUUCAUUCACCCCAGGUAUUGUAUUUCUUUUAAUUCACUUUACAGAUCUUUUUUGUAUGUCUCUUUAUAUAAAUUUUGAUUACAUAUCGUCUCACUCUUUUGGUUGUCAGUGUAAUGAGUUCAAUGUGAGAAAUAAAGUUUGGAGAAAACGUGA